UUCUUCUCUCGUCAAAGGCCAAGCCGUUGGUAAAGAUGGAGGAACAGUUCAUACUUAGGGUUCCACCCUCUGUUUCAGAGCGAAUCGAUCGCCUUUUGAGCGACGAGGCUUCUACUUCCGACGAGAUCCCUUUAGAUUUGUGCUUCUCAGAGGAUGGGAGAAGCGGGACGUUUGUGAUUGGAAACGAAGAGUUCCCAGCUUCGCUGCUGGAUCUUCCUGCUGUUGUUGAGUCCUAUAAAACUUAUGAUGAUUGUGCAUUAGUCAAAACUGCUGAUAUUGGGCAGAUGAUCAUGGUUAGGGAGGCAGGUGAUCCUGCGCCUAAUACAGUUGAAUACAGACAUGGUCUUACUCCUCCAAUGAAGGAUGCUCGUAAGAGAAGAUUCCGUCGAGAGCCUGACCUUAAUCCGGAGCUUGUACAGCGCGUUGAGAGGGACUUGCUGAAUAUCUUGAGUGGCAGAACAAUCGAAAACGGAAAUGAGCAGCAGCAAGAGGAAACAGUUGCGAAUGAGAAUACAAAUAAGAAAGUCUCUUCUACUUCUUCACCUGCUACACCUGUUGAAAAGCCUGAAGAAGAAGCUCCUGAGACAGGGGCUAAUAAUAACAAUAAUCCAGCAGAAGUUGAGCAAGAGAGAAGUGAAUCAGAAGAUUCUGAUGAUUCUAUGUGAAAGGUUUUGUCUGUAAACGUUUGAAGAAACGAACCUAGCGAGGAUAGUUAGUGUAUGUCAAGAGUUUUUGCCACUAUGUUUACCACUUGCAUGAGAUAAUACAUAACUUAUCGAUACUCAUACAUCUCUAUGUCGGAACAGUAACAAAAACUUUUACAUUAUUUCAAGAAUACCAAAUUAAACAACUUCUUUUCAAAGACGAAACAACUUGAAGAACAACACCGGUUUGUACAAAUAAAGUACUUGUCCAAUCGUUAGUCCAAACAAGACUCCAGGGCCAUAUCCCAUAGCUGCUGCUUUCCAAUUCAAAACUUGUUCUUGCUCUGGAGAUUCUGGUGCUUGUGCCAUUGGUGUUGAUGGUACAUUGUCCCUGAAACAACUCUCCUCAAGAGGAGGACCACAAAGAUUAAGAUUCCAUUCAAAAGAUGAUUUAGGCUGUCCUCCAAUUUGUGUGCCCUGUGGUAUUGGACCCGUGAGUUUAUUAUGUGAAACGUCAAUGUACUCCAAGAACGAGAGGGUCGCUAGCUCCUGCGGGAUUUUUCCAGAGAGUUGGUUCCGAGAUAGGUCUAGUGACUCCAGCCUUGUGAGAUUAGCCCAAGAGGAUGGAAUAUGACCAGUGAAAUCAUUGUUGGAUAGGUUGAGAACAAUGAG